GUGAAAUACCAUAUCAGCAGAAUAAGCCACUAUAUGGAUGUAUAACUAAUUUUUUUACAGUGAUUUCAAAGUAGAAUGUCAUAAAGAAAGCGGUUUGAAGGCUAUAAUAAUAAAUCUUCUACUUCUUAAUGCAGAUUUUAAAUACUUACAUGAGGUAACAAGGUUUAAGCAGUCAGCAAUUAUAUUGUUUGCGCCAUUAAUGGAAAAAGGUAGUUGGUGAUAGUAAUAUUAAAUGAAAUUCACAAGUUUAGAUGAUGAAGACAAAGAAUGUUAAUAAAGAAACACAGGGGAAAAGUGUUAAUGCUAUAAAGGAGGUUAAAUGCACAAGUGUUAAUGAUGGAAUAGACCAGUGUACAACAGUUGACAGUUGCUUAAAUGACUAUAAUGCUGAAUGCAGAAAAAAUCCUAUUCAUGAGGAUGAGUUAUUGUCAGUUGACAGUGAUGGUGUAGUUGAUAAUCAUGACAUUGCUCCGGUACAUAUUGUUGUGCACGAGUCAUGUUGCGAGCUGAUAAUGUACCCACCCCAGCAGCUGCAUCAGCCCAAGAGACGUAAGAAAAGGCCCAUACACGGACUAAAGACAGUGGAAGUGAGCAGGGGCAAAACUGGCUAUGGUUUCACCAUCUCUGGUCAGCACCCGUGUGUGUUGAGUAACAUCGUGAGCAGCAGCCCUGCAGACAGGGUGGGCCUGCGCCCAGGCGACUACCUCAUGAGUGUCAACGGACUGGACGUCUCGAAGCAUUGCCAUGAUGACGUGGUCUGCAUGGUUGGCACCUCCACUGGCACACUGACCAUCCAGGUUGCAGAAAACUACAACAGCAGUGACUCAUCAGAUGAUGACUUCUACCACCGCACCAAGGCCAAGUACACACACCGGUCUCGAAAGGGAGCCCGCGCAGAAAAGGCCUACAAUGAGAAGAUGGAGAAGUUACUGGCCGACAUCAACCAGCGGGACCGGCCCUCUCCAGACGGCACCAGCCAUGACCCGAACUCACGACCUCUACUGAGUGGAGAUAACAGGAACGCUACAUCCAAGGCCCGAUCCUCGCGGCCCAGACUGCACACUCCAGUGGGGGCAGAGAACCAUGAGCUGCAGGCUGAGGGGACCAGCUACAUCGAGGCAGGGGCCAGCAAUGUGUUCAAGGUGCCCUUUCAGAAGAGCGUAUCUGCCUCCAACGUCCCCACUGCUCCCAGUCUGCCUCUCCACAGACGGGUGGAGCCCAAGCAAGCCUUCAUCAAGAGCACAUCCCAAGGUCAUGUCAACCCGCCCAAGUCUGUUCCUGCCCACCACUCCUACCCGUCACGGACCCACCCCAGCCAUGUAGCACGCAGUCACAUGUACGACCAGUUCUCCCCAAACUCUCUACAGCAGAUCAUCAACCACUCUCUGCACAGCUAUAGCGCCGCUAAUGAGGCAUUCAUACUCAAUGAGGAGGAGGGGGAGGAUGAGGAGGGACCCGUGGCUCCUGAGGGGCAGGAAGUCAGGAUCGUUGUUGGCUACAUUGGGUCCCUGGAGAUGCCAGGCAAUGCCAACCAGCCCCACGUUCGCAUACAGUCCAUACGUAAUGCUGUACGCAGACUGCGAGUGGAGCAGAAAAUACACACCCUAGUCCUCAUGGUGGUCACACCUGACCAGGGAGUGAAGCUCAUCAACAUUGCCGGCAAACAGAUAGCAUACUACCCUGUGGAGAGACUUGCAUUUAGUGGUGUGUGUCCUGAUGACAGACGCUUCUUUGGCAUUGUGACACUUCGUGCAGAGUUCGAUGACAGUAGUAGUGAUAGUGACUCCCGUGAGGAAAUGUACGGCAGCUCCUGUCAUGUGUUCAUGGUGGAUCAGGAACUGUCUGCUCAUAACAUCCACGCCAUUAAGGCUCUCUCGUUCGGUAUUCAGUGUACAGUGGACAAGGCUACGCAACGGUGCGUAGAGUUCCCACGUUCAACAACUCCAAUUAUUUUAUCGAUCUCAAACUUGUAUAAGGACCGACCAAGUGGAUCAGUGGAGAAAGACAUGGAGCGGUCCCAAGUGUUUGCAAACCCCAACAGACCGAUAGAGCAUGUAAGAACCAGUAGUAGCAGCAGCAACAACAGCAACAGCGACAGUGGGCUGGGCCUGUUCAGGGAAGAUAACCGACCAAUCAGAGGAGCCUCAGUGUCCCCUGAGGUCCCUCCCCCGCCCCUGCCCGCCCGAACCCGCCCCCCUCCACCCCAUCCACCCCAGCUUCCUCAGGUUAAGUGGUCUGGGAACACCAUGUACCUCACUGACGGUCCAAUCAAACACGCCAAGUCCUCCAGCUCCAGUGUGGACACUACGCCCAAGAGCAGUAAGGCUACUGGGUCCAAUGACACCUCGACAAGCUCGGAAGAGUUCAAUAAACCUGAUAAACUCAAUGUGAGAGCCUUGCCAAACAAGUCUCCAGCAAAGAAUCGCUUCCCUGGGGAUGACUUAGACGAUCUUCAUGCUGCAGAGACAUUAAGAAUGAGCAUGCAAAAGCUGCUUCAGGCUCGACAGAGGAAUGCUAACCUGGACCACACCAGCAGCGAUACAGAAUCACGCAGCUCUAAAAGUGACCUGGCUCGAUCGGCCUCCGACUUGGGCGAGAGACCAGUGUCAGCGCCAUUCAAAUAUCUUUCCAAGGAGCCUCAGACGGAUACAAAAACGGUAAAGAGCAGCUAUAACCAUGUAAAGCAUGACUCUGACUCCAGUCUGGCUGAUAAGCUGUCUCCACGGGCGUUCCUAUCCUCUGGCUACUCCCCAGACUCUAAGGGAUCUGCUUUCAAGAAGAUCAAGUCCAGAACAGCCUUGCUUGAGUCGAGGUCCCCGUCCGCCCCGCCCAUGGGUAGUUACCAUGGAGAUGAUGAGGCGAGUGAUGAGGAGGCGGUCAGCAGCAUCAUCAAGAGGUUUCAGAAGGAUCAGGCACUUGGCCUCACCACAGACAGUAUAGAGCUUCUGAAGGGGGAGCAUUUCACCAGCAUCAGGAAGAGAGAUCAAGAACGACAGGGAGUGGCACCCUCGGGUUCCCCAGGCUCAGGUCUCAAACCCAGUCUGAGUCCAGAUGGGUGGAGCAAGGGCCAGUCGAGCACACUGUCAGGCCGCCAGAAGUCCAAUCGGCGCAACCCUCUCAGUCUUUCACAUGAGUCGCUGGUGAUUCUGGACCAGGACUUCACCCCAUCCAAGCUGACCUCUGCCAGCAGUGUGAACAGCAUUGUGAGUCACGUUGCCAAGGAGACGGAGCAGCAGGAGGUGGGGCGAGUUGCAAGCUGGGCCGUCAACUUUGACAAGCUCCUCAAUGACCACGUCGGCAUCGCCGUGUUCAAGGAAUUUUUGAAGAAAGAGUUCAGUGAGGAAAACAUAGAGUUCUGGCAGACCUGUGAAGACUUCAAAAACAUUGCAGAUGCCAGCUUUAGGACGGUGAAGGCCAAGGAGAUCUAUGGGAAGCAUGUUGCCAUGCACAGCCCAGACCCCGUGAAUAUUGACAGUGUACUACGCAGGGAGAUUGAGUCACGCUUGGAGAAACCCUCUCACCAGCUGUUUAACGCUGCCCAGUUACAUAUCUACCAGCUGAUGAAGCAGGACAGCUAUGGCCGGUUCCUCAAGUCUGACCUCUACAAGUCCUACGUGAUGACGGAGAUGGAGGGGCGUCCCCUGCAGGUGCCCGGCCCUGCCCCCGACCCACUGGACAGGGGCCAGGAGGACAAAAAGAAGGGCCACAAGGGAAGCAAGGAGAAUGAGGAGAGCAAGGAGAAACGGAGGCACUCACUGCUGCCAUGGAGCAGACUCAGUAAGCUCAUAGAAUCCAAAAAGACAUCCAAGGGAGACAAUGAGACCAAGACUCAGAAAUCCUCAAAAGAAACCAAAGAUGCCAAUAUGAAUAACCUCCCUUUGACCAGCAAUGCCCCUACCACUAUAGAAACAGUGGCUAGUAAGCGGGACCAAGCUCAAAUAGAGUUGCCUGACACAAUAGAAGAGGAGCCGGAGCAGCCUCGGUUCUGUCGGGUCAUCAUGCCAGACGGUUCCACCACUGUAGUAGGCACCAAGCAGGGGCAGACAAUCAGCUACAUCCUGGGCAAACUGUGCGAAAAACGUGGCCUCUCGAUUGCCAGCGUGGACGUGUUCUUGUUAGGCUCUGAUAAGCCGUUAAACCUCACUGAAGAUAUCUCCUUGUUGGGUUCCAAAGAAGUAACCAUAGAGGAGCGAGUGUUGUUUAGAAUGGACCUCCCAAACAAGAAGUGUAUAGGAGUCAAGGCCAAACCUAACCGCCUGAUCAAGGAUGUAUUCAAACCAAUCCUGAACAAAUAUGGCUACAGAAUGGAAACCAUAGAUAUUCACUUGAAUGGCCAGUCGGAUUCCUUGUGCUUAGACAAUCUCGUAUCAACAAUUGACAGUCAGCGUGUAAUAGUACUAGCACAGGCGCCUGAACAGGGCGCCCAGCGGUGUGCAGAAACUAAGCUGCAUGUGACCUUCAAACGACCUCCACAACCUAAUAAAUUUACUAGCAAACUUGGUUUCCAUGGUUACUCAACUAACAACAACAACAACCCGCUCUUUAAUAACCACAACCAGGACACCAGUGGUCCAACAAGUCUAGAUGACAUAACUAACAAUAUCUUUGACCGACUGAUGCAAGAUAAAAGUGAUCAGUUACUGGCAAAUUAUUUUGACGACCUUGGAAUUUUAGAUUUUGAUAAUAAGUCUCCAAAGGUAGUGAUAGCAGAGUUGGGUCCAGGCUCAGUCUCAGCCCGCCUGCAAGACGUUGGGGAGCAGGUCAAGGGAACGGUACGGGAGCAGGUCAAGGGAACGGUACGGGAAGUCCCAGCCCGCCUGCAAGACGUUGGGGAGCAGGUCAAGGGAACGGUACAGGGUCCAGGCUCAGUCCCAGCCCGCCUGCAAGACGUUGGGGAGCAGGUCAAGGGAACGGUACGGGAGCAGGUCAAGGGAACGGUACGGGAAAAAUGGAAGAAGGCUCGGGAGAAACUCUCAGUGAAAAAUACACACCAACGCCAACCUAGUUCAAGUGGUAUGUGUGAGAGCUGUGGUAUUGACGCUGCUGCUCUGAGUCAGACACCAAAGCGAGUCCCGGAUGGGAAUGUUCACGCCCCACAUGGGCUCCUCUCACCGACAUUAGAGCCCCAAGAACUCCUACGCACCAGCAUGGAUGAUCUCACCUUGAAGGCAAGUCGCGAGAAGACAGUCUCCCCCUCCACCAGGGAUGGUAAACACAAGAAGAGCUCUUCGAGGGAUUUAAUGUCCGAAAUUGAUGAUUACAUUGAGAGUAUUAAUGAAAACUUUGCUGCUUAUACUAGAGAUAGUGUCAAAACACCUAAGAAAAAUGAGGCUAAAGCUGUUGUGGGAACACCAAAGUCAGCCAUCAAGUCUACAGAUAAAAGCUCAAGUCAGGAUGAAGCAGACAGUUUUUUUGGUAGUUUCCCGGAGAAAGGUGAUUUUUCUGACCCUCAAAUGACGGAGAAGAGCUUAAAAGAUAUUGGCUUCAGCAACAGUCAUAAUAAAUACCUGUCGAAGUCACGCAACUUUGUAAAUCAGCGAACUAAAGCUCAAUUUGUUAAACCCGAAAGUGUUCAUAUGUCAAGUGACAUUUCUGACUGGUUUUCAACUGUACCCCAGGCAUUCAACCAGUCAUUUUUAUUUGACAGUCCCCAGUCAAGUCCAUAUAGCAGCGACUCGUCUCUGGACAGAGAAAACAAGAGCAGACAUGUGUCGAGACCGCGCACCAACGUACCAGGGCAUUCACGGCACACACAGCUCCACAGUCCAGUGACUGGUUCCUCUGAAGACAGCUUUCUGUCCACAGUGGACACAGAUGGCCACGCUCUUCAUCACUCUACACCCACCCCCCUGUCUAAAUCAAUGGUCUCUUCCUCUGCUAUGUCAUCAACCAAGCUGGAUAGUUCUUUAGAUGUGAGGAACUCCAUCUUGGGGUUUUCUCAUACAGAUGAAGUGACUUUUGUCUAAAAUUGUGGACUGUCUCUACAUAACUUUUAAGCAAAAUAUUUAAUAUGAUGUUUAAAACAUAAACCUUUAAAUAUACAACUUAUCAAGUAUAUAUAUUCUCAGCUAUUUAAGGUACUUGUUUCCAGUUUGUAGAACUGUCAAUGUUUCCAUUCUUUGUCACACAUCAAAAAAAUAAAAGAACACCUUUAAUCAGAGUGUCCAAUAACACUGAUCACUUAGACUAAUGCGGAAAAUUCAGCUUCGUUUAUGAAUGAUAAUCAUUUGAAAUUGAUAAAAUCAUCAGGCAUUACCAACACAAAAUGAUUUGGAAUGAUAAUGUUGUUUUUGUUAAAUUGUGUUAUUAAGUGAGGUAUAAAAUGUCUGUAACAAUAGAACAGUUUGGAUGACUGAUUGGUUUAGUCAAUAACCUUUUAAUGCCAAAGACACUGGUUUAAGCCACGCUAGAGACUGUUUCCUCCUUUUUUAGCUCACCUGAGCACAAUGUGCUCAUGGUGAGCUUUUGUGAUCGCCUUUUGUCCGUCGUACGGUGUCAACAUUUGCCUUGUUAACACACUAGAGGUCACUUUUAUUGUCCGAUCUUCAUGAAAUUUGGUCAGAAGAUUCCAAUUUGGUUUCAGUUGGUUGAAAAACAUGGCUGCCAGGGGGCAGGGCAUUUUUCCUUUAUAUGGCCUUAGUAAAACCUUGUUUACACUCUAGAGGCAACAUUUAUUGUCUGAUCGUCAUGAAAUUUGGUCAGAAGAUUUGUACCAAUGAUAUCUCGGACGAAUUCCAAAAUGGUUCCGGUUGGUUGAAAACAUGGUCGCCAGUAAACCCUUGUUAACACUCUAGAGGCCAUAUUUAUUGUCUAAUCAUCAUGAAAUAUGGUCAGAAGAUCCCCCCCCCUGUUGCUUGUAAAACAUGGCUGCCAGGGGGCGGGGCAUUUUUCCUAAUAUGGCUAUAUAGGCUUUAGUAUUAUCUAAAACUUUGAAGAGUAUGAGCGGGUAUAUAGAAAAAAGGCUUAAUGCAUGUGCAUAAAGUUUUGUCCAAGAUUAGUCUGUGCAGGUGGUCAAGAAAUGAUUUUCAUUUAGCGGGAACUUUCUUUAAACAGUAAAAUUUCCAGGAAAGAGGAAAGUGUUGUGCGGACUGCACAGGCUAAUCUGGCAUGAUACUAUACGCAUAUGAAUUAACCCCUGUUUUCACAAAAAAACAGUCCAUAAACAUGUCUUUUUUUCUGUAAUGGUUUUUAUGAAUUUUAAAAUCACUUGAUUCUUUACUCAUAGAAAAAACUGGAAGUUUUAUGUUGCUGUCAUAGCUUGCAUUAAAACACAUAUUAACUAGCAUAACACUUCCUAAAAUAUGUACUCACCCAGUAAGCAAUAACACAUUGAACCUUUGUAUAACAGGGUACAUAUGCCUACCGGUACAUUGUAUUUUAAUAUUCAAAGAGUAGGUUUUAUUUAUUUUUUUCAGUUUUUAUUACUUGAUUAUGUUUCUUUUGCACUUUUGUACUAUUUGUAUAGAUCUUUGUUAUGUUUUACAUAAUUUGCGAUAUUUUUAGUUCAUGUGCAUUUUAUUGAAACUUUCAUUAAAAUGUUGCAUCAAU